AUGUACUUGAUGCCGGAGAGUAAACGCUUUCCCCUGUAUAACUUCAAGGUUGGACUCGUGGACGCUUUAAUGUUGCCUCCAAAGGCUGUCGUUCAAGGAUCCAUGGCCUCGCAGCUGCAGGAGGUGGAACGUCGUUCUGAUAACAGCGACAUGGAUGAAGGCGCCCAGCCGUUGCCGGAGCUCCAAACCCCUCCCGGCCAAGGCGUCUUGGACACCGAGACGAGACGUCUCAUCGGCCGCUUCCUCCGUGACUUUACCGGGCUGUCCACUGCUGCUUGGAUCCAAAGCAAAGCCCAGUCGACAAUGAAGAGGGUCGUGACGAGACUGGUGGACAAGCACAGGAUCUUAUUCAAUAGAUCCAUGGCCUCGCAGCUGCAGGAGGUGGAACGUCGUUCUGAUAACAGCGACAUGGAUGAAGGCGCCCAGCCGUUGCCGGAGCUCCAAACCCCUCCCGGCCAAGGCGUCUUGGACACCGAGACGAGACGUCUCAUCGGCCGCUUCCUCCGUGACUUUACCGGGCUGUCCACUGCUGCUUGGAUCCAAAGCAAAGCCCAGUCGACAAUGAAGAGGGUCGUGACGAGACUGGUGGACAAGCACAGGAUCUUAUUCAAUAACAUGGUCAACGAACUGUCACUGGACCAAAGAGGGCUCGACAGGUCCUUUGUCAGCCAGGUGGCCCAAACGGAAUUCGCCAAUGGGAACAUUAACUGGGGUCGCAUCGCCAGCCUGUUGGCCUUCUGUGCCGUGCUGUCUCAAGCCUUGAAAGAAAAUCAGCAGGAGAGGUGCGUGGAACUGGUGGCCCAGGAGGUCUCGACCUACUUGCUGUCACACCAGCGCACCUGGCUAGUGCAGCACAACGGUUGGGAUGGAUUUGCAGAAUUCUUCAAGGAAGACGACCUGGAGUCUACAGUGAGGAAUGGCCUCUUCGCCUUUGUUGGUUUGGUCAGCGUCACUGCAGCGCUACGCUGUCUGAUUCGAUGAACACAAUGGACAUUUGAGAUGCGACAUUGCACUUUUGUUUACCUGGUCAAGCACACAUUUCUGUUUGUGGUGACUUUAUUAAGUGCACUUUUUUUCUCAGGAAAAUGUAAAAAUGUUCAGAAAUGACUUAGAAACACCUUGUUCGUACUUCUGUGUUUUAUUUAAAUAGGCUAAGGUUCCAUUACUCAUUUAUUGUUCAGUCCAAUUUAUUGUGAUUGUACAAGUGCCAGUUCUUUCGGGUCAAAUAAUUCGCUUCAAGUCAACAUAUUAAAAAAUGAAUUGUUUUGGUGGAGAAAAUCUUGUAAAAGCAGAAGAUUGCGUCCACUGAGUCACUGCUUAUUCUAGUCCAAAUGUGUUUUUUAAAAUUGUUAUCAAACUUUUAAAACGCCAUUUUUUAAUAUUCAAACACAUUUGUACUAAAACAAACUUGAGAUGUCAGUUGCCUUUUGUUUUUGAUUCACAAAAUAUUUUCUAAACACUUACAUGAAACAUGCAACUUGAAAUUUACCAUAUUUUACUACUGUAUUUUUGUACCCUUAUUUUUUUUUUAAGAUAAAUAAACCAUUUACUUGAAAUGAC